ACAUUUGUAAUGUACGUCACUCGGCAAGCACUUCUCGAAUUCGACAUAGAAAUUUACGUAUAAAACUCCAACAAUACGUAAGAUUCCCGAUUACAAUUAUAAAGAAGUUCGCUAUAUCGCUGAGCGAAGAAAUAAGAUCGAGAUAGAAAUCUGCUUUAUUGAAGAAUUUCCAUCACCUGAUUAUAACAAUUAAUUGAAAACAAUCCUAGAUAAGUGUCAGAUGGCAACCUCAGUGGUGUAACUAAUCGCGAGCCGUGAGAGAGAUGGGGAUCGACAGAUUGCACUUUCUUCUCGCUUUCCCUCUCCAGACAUGGGCGUGCACAUGCCCGGUUGGUUUGCAGAUAACGCCGAUGCAUCUCUCGUUGACAGACGAUAGCAUGGAGUGUAUCACACGUUUGCGUAUAUACGCCCGCGCGCUUAGGGCGUCGCGCAGUUGGAGUCAAUGGAAUCGUCCGUGCACACCAACACAUUGAAAGCAAAGAGCUGAUCCCAGGAUUCCCGGGGCCCAUCAAUAGUAACGCGCCGACGUUGAGAGACCGCGCACAAUACAGCCAGUGCGGUCGCGCGUUAGCUGGACGACGCGGAAGGGAUACGCGCUCGCUUCGAUGUCUUCGUCGCGGCUCAGUGAGUACGACGCCAAUUAUCAACGAUUCAACAACGAUACAAACCAGCCGCUCGAUCAGGAGAUUACUAAUGGCUCGAAUCGACAAUAUGGUUCCAUGCUAUCCUCGCCUUCUUCGGGAAGUCAUGUAAAGUCGUCAUUUGGUAAUGCUAACAACACUAAUCAGUUGAAUUAUAAGUGCGAAACGAGUCAAACUGAAAGCAUGACCGAGAAUACAGUGUUCACCACGUGUGACGUGCAUUGGAAAAUGCAUUGGGAAAUGAACUGUCGUGAAGCUGCAAUAUAUUUAGAGGAAGGUAGAAACAAUGAGAAAUUUGAUUCUCAUCCAAGGCAUCCUGAAGAUAUGCCGGCGUAUUUCUUAGUCCAUAACAGUUGGUAUAAUGGAUUGGAUUUAUUGAUUUCGUUAAUCCUGUUGUCUCUAGCGUUUGUAGAAGAGCCUGCUCUACCGUUAUUUAAGGUACCAGUUUGGGUACAUGGCUCGGUAGAAUUACUUGCGUUAAUUACUAUCGGUGUGCAAUUGACUUUAAAGCUGAGAUGGACUGGCUGGGCACCUAUGUUAAAACACAAACGUACAAUGUUAAAAUGCAUCACAUUAGCAAUCAUGUUUCUCGAAGCUAUGACAGUUCUAGUACGGCAAUCCUCGCAUGUUCGUGUAACGCGCGCCCUUAGACCGAUCUUUUUAAUAGACACGAAAUAUUGCGGCGGCGUAAGGAGAUUCAUAAGGCAAAUACUUUUCACGCUACCACCAAUCCUAGAUAUGCUGGGUCUUCUUUUUUUCUUGAUUAUUGUAUAUACCGUAUUGGGCUAUUACAUGUUCAGUGAAAUAAACGAACAUUUCGUCACAAUGCAAGAUAGCUUUGUCAGCCUGUUUGUUCUUCUUACCACUGCCAACUUUCCGGAUGUAAUGAUGCCGUCAUAUUACCAAAAUAAGUGGUAUGCGAUAUACUUUAUAUCUUAUUUAUGUACCACGUUGUAUGUAAUGAUGAAUUUAAUGCUGGCGGUGGUAAACGAGACAUUCACGUCUUGCGAGCGCGAUAAAUUCAAGAAAUUGUUCCUGCAUAAAAGGAAAGCGUGUCAACACGCUUUCGAACUUUUGGUUUCCAAGCAAAACCCUGAUAAGAUACGAUUUCGUCAAUUUGAAGGAUUGAUGCGGUACUAUGCUCCGAAUAAAUCCAUAUGUGAUACUGUUUUAAUGUUUUGUCAUAUGAAUAAAUCGGGAAGUGGCGCUUUAAAUUGCGAGGAAUUCUUAUCGAUUUAUGACGCCAAUACACUUCAGUGGUCCUUGCAAUAUUCUGAUAUACCGUGGUAUCGCACUCUGUGGUGGCCUUUGCAAACGCUGUGCAAAGGAGCCAAUGCUAUGAUCAAAUGGUCUUAUUUUGAAACUUUGGUGUAUAUGAUCAUUAUCGGUAAUUGCAUCGCUAUGAUAAUAAGAAUCUUUGAACCGAGUAACUGUCUUGAGAAAUCGGUGCACGCAUUCGCUGCAUGUUGGGAUACUCUAUUGUUCGCUGAACUUUUCAUUGCUGAAGCAUUCGUAAAAGUAUUAGCUCUUGGUGUUCAAUCUUAUCUGAGCUCUGGAUGGAAUCUCUUUGAUUUCGGGACAACAGUAAUGACCAGCGUCGCUAUGUGUGCUCUUGUGUUAUUCCCGUCGGCUACAUUUCUGGUUGUGUUCCGACCUCUCAGAACACUGAGAUUAUUUAAGAUUAAAAAACGCUAUCGAGAUGUUUUCGGCACUCUCGUAAUUCUAUUUCCCCAGAUGUGUUCGACUGCAAUUGUCAUGUUGGUCUUGUAUUACUUUUUCGCCAUCAUUGGAAUGGAACUGUUUGCCGGAUACGACAUGCGCAAUUGCUGCCAGAAUACACCUGUUAAAGAAUUCUAUCGGUAUUUUGUCAACGACAGCUCAGCGUUGGGAUAUUACUAUCUUAAUACUUUCGACAAUCUCGUGGCGAGUAGUAUUACACUUUUCGAAUUAACAGUUGUUAAUAAUUGGUAUAUACAAAUGGAUGCAUACGCAUUUACUGCGGGCAUGUACACAAGGAUAUACUUCAUGAUAUUUUAUCUGGUGACUAUGAUCGUACUGACUAUUGUGGUAUCCAGUUUCUUGGAAGCUUUUCGAUUUAGGAUACAGUAUAAAAAAUCAACUUCCAAACAUGACGAAGAAAAAAUGCUCCAUGAAAAAGUGGAAUUAAAAUGGAAUGAAUUGCAAUGCAUAAUCGAAGAUUUUCAAAUUUUGGAAGAUCUACGCAACUCUUUAGUUGUUGGAGGAAGCACUUUUUUCAUCGGUUCACGGCCACGAACGCGAGAGAUUUUACAGAGAAAAAUGUAUACGUAUGAAAUAAAUGAAUGGCUAGCUGAAGCAAAGUCCGAAGAAAAGCAACUUACACCUAAUGUAACACUUAACGUGGAAGAUGGAAGCGGCGAUGGUAUCUCUGAUACCGAUCAUCUUAUACUAAACGGCAAUUUGCGUCACCAGCAAAACGAUAGUAUACCUACUCAGUAA